AUGAACAUUGAAGAGAAGUAUUCAUCAUCAUCAGCAUCAUCGGUUAUUGUGCAUGAUAAUCCGAGAGUGAUACUUUCACGAUUAGAAAUGAUUGAUGAUAACAAUAAUAAUUUAAAUAGUUUAAAUAAUACAAAGAUUCCUUCAUCAGCACCAUCUGUUUUAUCUGCCAUUAAUAUUCAUAAUAAUAAUAAUCAUGAUCAACCUAUACAAUCAUCAUCAUCUUCAUCUAUAUCUAAUUUCCUAAUAGAAAAGUAUCAUUCUUCCUUUGGUAAACCUGCUCCACUCACUCAACAAAUCAUUGCAUCAACAUUUGGUUCGUGUCUUACUGCUGUAUUUACUUGUCCAUUGGAUGUAAUUAAAAGUAGGCUUCAGACACAAUCUAAUUCUCAUCAACUUCAUACAAAACAUCAUCAUUUACCUCAAUCAACAUUCCGAGGCUUGCUUUCUAUUGUAAAACAUGAAGGAAUUGCAACAUUGUGGAGAGGACUUAGGCCAACAUUGUUAAUGACCAUUCCUAAUAAUGGAAUUUACUAUUCACUUUAUGAGAAAUUCAAGGUUCAAUUCAAGGAUUAUGGACACACUUUUACUCCAUUGAUUUCAGGUUGUGUGGCAAGAAUUAUUGCAGUAACAGUUACAAAUCCGAUUGAAUAUUUCAAAACUGCUUCUCAAGUAUCGAAAACAAAGAUUUAUUUACGUGAUUUGAGGUGGGAUCAAUUACUGAGAGGAUAUUCAGCAACUUUAUUGAGAGAUGUUCCAUUUUCUUCACUUUAUUGGAUGUUUUACGAGAAUUUAAAGUAUAAUUUAUUGAUUGCAACAAAUAAGGAUUGUAAGGCAAGAUUAUCUUCUGGGGAUGAUGUGAAAUGCAGUAAUUUAAUUUUGAUUUCAUUUCUGAGUGGAGCUAUUGGAGGUGUUUUUGCAACAACUCUUACACAUCCAUUCGAUGUAAUCAAGACAAAUGCACAAAAUGUCAAUUCUAAUCAUGUGGGAGUGUUUGACAUUUCGAGGAGUAUUUACAAAUCACAGGGAAUGAAAGGAUUUUCGAGAGGACUCAUGCCAAGAUGUCUCAAAGUGGCACCUUCAUGUGCAAUUAUGAUUUCUACCUAUGAACUAAUCAAACACAUGUUUAAUUCGUAA